GUCUCCCGGCUGGGACUUGCUUGAGCUCCCACUGCUAAUGGUUUAUUAGAGGGGCGGGGGAAGCCGUGCCUCCUGGAGGGCGGAGAGGAAAAAUUCCCGCGGGCGCUCUUUGGGUGGGUCGGAGCGCGCCCGUCAGCCCUUUGCGCGGGUCGGAGCGCGCCGGUCAGCUCUUUGCGCCUCUAGCACUCCUCAGCUGAGCUGCAGUGGGCGCGGUGCCCGUUAUUUCCGCCUUGGGGAGGUGCUUGGAACUGAUGUGGGGAGCUCGGUUGUUGAUUUCUCGGGUUUCUGGCCUUUCCAGACCCUUGUAAUUGUUUUCUCGGUGCAGAGCCCUUUUGGGGUCUGGGGGUUUCUAUCGUCCUGCGCACGUCAUCGCGAAGCUCGGCCUGAGGGUAUGGUUUCCUAGCUACUGUGCUCCUCCCUCCUGGAAGCCCAGUGACGGACUCGUGGGCUAGCAGGCGCUGCGUUCCUGCGUCCCGCCAAAGAGCAGUCAUUGUGUGGCACUGGACGGGGAAUCAAGAGACCCGGUUUCUAAUCCCUGCUCUGUCACCAACAAGCUGCAUGAUCUUCGAUUUUUUAUAGUGUGUGGUUUGUAGAAAGACUCCAGGAAUAUUCUGUGCUGUGGUGGAAAUACUGGAAUAAUCAGCCUCAUAAGCUUUAUUUUGUAGAAGCUUAAGUGAAAAUGAUACGUGUUAGAAGACACGAAACAAGGAAAAAUUCUAAAAGUCAUGUGCCUGAGCAGAAAUCUCGAGUUGAUUGGAGGCGAACUAAAAGAAGUAGUAUCUCACAAUUAUUUGAUAGUGAUGAAGAGCUUGAUAGUGAAGAAUUUGAUAGUGAAGAGCUUGAUAGUGGGGAAAGUUUUGAUAAUUACGAAAGUUUUGAAAAUGAUGAAGAGCUUGAUAGUAACAAGGGACUUGAUUGUAAUAAAACACCAGAAAGUGAAAGAGAGCUUAACUUAAGUAAAAUUGAAAGUGAAGGAAACAACAGUAAGUGUCUCGUUAACACUGGCAACAGUUCAACAUAUGAAGAAGAAACGAACAAAACCAAACAUAGGAAUAUUGAUUUACAACAUCAGGACAAUCAUGUAAGUCAAGAGGAUAAUGAUCUCAACAAACAAACUGGACAAAUAAUAGAGGAUGAUUUAGAAGAAGAACACAUCAAGCGAGGAAAAAGAAAAAGGCUGUCCUCUGUGAUGUGUGACAGUGAUGAGAGUGAUGACAGCGAUAUCCUAGUUAGAAAAGUAGGUGUUAAACGUCCACGUAGAGUGGUUGAAGAUGAAGGUUCUUCAGUGGAAAUGGAGCCAAAAACUCCUGAAAAAACAUUAGCUGCACGAAAGCGAGAACAACUUCAGAAGCUCAAAGAACUCUCAAAACAAAGAUCUCGUCUGAGACGCAAUAGUGGUAGAGAUUUUGAGGGCUCUGAAAAGAAAUCCUGCCCAAGCAGUGAUGAAGAUGAUGAGGAGGAAGAAGAGGAUGAUUAUGAACCUGAUGAAGAUGGAGAUGAUAAUAGUAUCGAUGACUUUGUAGUGCAAGAUGAGGAGGGUGAUGACGAGAAUAAAAACCAACAAGGAGAAAAAUUAACUACAUCACAACUGAAAUUAGUAAAACAGAAUUCUCUUUAUUCUUUUAGUGACCACUAUACUCAUUUUGAAACAGUUGUGAAGGCUCUUCUGAUCAAUGCUUUAGAUGAAUCUUUUCUGGGAACAUUAUAUGAUGGCACAAGGCAAAAAUCAUAUGCAAAAGAUAUGCUAACAUCUCUUCAUUAUUUGGAUAACCGCUUUGUUCAGCCUCGUCUAGAGAGUUUAGUAUCUAGAAGUCGUUGGAAAGAGCAAUAUAAGGAGCGGGUGGAAAAUUAUUGUAAUGUAAGUAUUCGUUUGAAGAAUCCUGAAAACUGUUCCUGCCAGGCUUGUGGACUGCAUCGCUACUGUAAAUAUUCAGUGCAUUUAUCAGGAAAGUUGUAUAACACCAGGACCAUGAAAAUAGAUAAUUUCAUGUCCCAUGAUAAGCAGGUGUUCACUGUUGGCAGAAUUUGUGCCGACCGUACCAGAAUUUAUCAUAAACUGAAACAUUUUAAAUUCAAACUAUACCAGGAAUGUUGCUCUCUUGCAAAGAGAGAAGUUAAAGAUGAACAAGUUAAAGAAACAGUGGAAAGAAUUUUCAAGCAGUCAAAAGAAAGAGGCUGGAUUAAGCAGAAAUAUGGUCAACUUGAAGAAUAUCUCAAUUCUGCGGAUUACUUUCAAGGAGAGAAGUUUGACUGAAUUGUAACACAUUUCUAUCAGAGAAGAUUUUUUAAAUUCCUGUAAAUGUGAAGAUCAUGAUUCUUGUUUUUCUGUAUCAUGUGAUGUAUUUAUACAUUUUCUCUAUAUCUUUGUGGCAAAAUAUUUCGUUUAAAACAUAAUUAUCUUAAUUCCUGUGAAAUGACACUCUACACUCUAAUUAAACUUUUAUCUGAUGUACAUAAAAGCAUUAUCUUAAUUUUUAAGUCUGUAAAUAUGUUUUAAAGUUAUAUAAUAAUGGCUUUGUAACAGAUGACUGUCAAGUGAAUGAGCUGUUCAUAUCCUGUCAGUUUAGUCAAAAUAUAUUGUAUUUUAAAAAUGUAUUUAGACUAACAUCUACAUGUAUUUUUACUGAAUUCCUGUCCUUUUACAGUAUUAAAUGAUUUUCAUUGAUAUAUUUUUUACUGCUAUCAUCUAAAUCAGUGGACUAUGGAAGAAACCUCAAUAUUUCAUUCACUUCAAUCCCCUUGCUUCAGAAUCAGAUCAUAGCAUAUCUAUUCGAAAUAGAGGAAUGCUUUUUUCCUUUUCUUGAAAGUUUCUCUUUCAAAUAGAUUUCAGGCCUCCAGAGUCUUUCAACCCUCACAUUCAGGAAUAAUUUUAUAUACAUUUUCAUGCUUUAUAAUGUUCUUACUUUUUUAUUCAAUUUUGUCUAUAUGUGGAUGAUUAAGAUGUAUUUUAUUUAUUUUUAUCCAUAGCUUUUUCCAUAUAAAUAUAUAUCUUAGGGUCAGAACUGCUAAAAGAGACAAACUCAGCCAGAAGCACUUGGAAAGCGUAUUUUGGUAUCUGCAUUGCUUUGCACAUCUAAAUUUUCCCAUAAAGUAAUAAAGUAAAAUGGUUGCAGAGUGAACAAA